AUGACCGUCUUCGUGUGUUCUCUCUUCCUCCCCAAAACCAUCCAUUUCACUCUCCCCGGUACUCCUCCUCCCGGCGCCGAUCCCUCAAGACGCUCCAAGCCCGCGAAAUCUUCCAAUGCUGCUGCUUCGUCGAGUUCGCGCCCGCAACCCCUCGCGCGACAGCCGAGUCUCUUCCAGACCCAGGACGACCUGACCCCUCCUCAUACUCCGACUGAAGACCCCGAGUCGCCGAACCUAUUCGCCAACGAAGAUGGCUUCCGGAUACAAUUCCCCCACGCCGUAAACUCGCCUGAAGGUCAGGAUUCGCGGACUUGGGGCAGCCGAUCCAACCAGCCCAAGUCUCGCGCCAAUUCUCCUCCCCCCGCAGCCCUCGCCGAACACAGCCGUACGAUACAAAAGGCCCGAGAGCUCGGCCGCCAGGGCGUGUUACAGCCCAGGUCGCUUGUCCGGAGUGACAGCCACGAUCGAGUCUUUGCGUCAGCCAACUGGAUGGUGGUGAAUGCGGAUCAGGGCAACGGAGGACUGCGAAACGCCGCCGAGGCCGCCUAUCGCGAUGGCAAGCUUGACGACUAUACCUGGGUGGGAACCCUGGGUAUGCCGACCGAUGCUCUUGAGGGCACUCAGCAAAGGCAGGACAUUGAGGAUACGCUUGCCAACGAGCACAACAUGUUGACCGUGUUCUGCUCUGACAAGGACUUUGACGGCCACUAUGCUCACUUUUGCAAGCAUAUCCUGUGGCCCGUCUUCCACUACCAGAUCCCCGACAACCCCAAGAGCAAGGCUUACGAGGAUCACUCGUGGAAGUACUAUGUCAAUGUCAACCAGGCCUUUGCCGACCGCAUCGUCAAGAACUGGAAGCGCGGCGACGUCAUCUGGAUCCACGACUACCACCUGUUGCUUGUCCCCGGCAUGAUCCGUCAGAAGCUCCCUGAUGCCAAGAUCGGCUUCUUCCUGCACGUCGCGUUCCCCUCGUCAGAGGUGUUCCGGUGUCUGGCUGUUCGAAAGGAGCUUCUGGAGGGUAUGCUCGGUGCUAACCUCAUCGGCUUCCAGAUCCACGAGUACGGACGUCACUUCCUUCAGACUUGCAGCAGGCUUUUGAGCGCCGAAGCGACACCAGAUGGCCUGCAGCUGGAGGAUCGGUUUGUUGACGUUAUUCACCUGGCGAUUGGUAUCGACCCCAUCAGCCUUCGCGAGCACCUAGAGGACCAAGAAGUGGCCAAGUGGCUACAGAUCAUGCAGGAACGUUACAAGGGCAAGAAGCUCAUCGUGGCUCGUGACAAGCUUGACCACGUCCGUGGUGUCCGCCAGAAGCUGCUGUCUUAUGAGCUGUUUCUUAACAAGAACCCCCAGUGGCGCGAAAACACAGUCCUCAUCCAGGUCGCCCUGUCAUCUAGCGAGAAGAGUGAUCUUGAGGCCACCGUCUCCGACAUUGUAACCCGAGUCAACUCUUCAUGGGCUAAUCUCGCAUAUCAACCGGUGGUUUACCUCAAGCAAGAUAUUGAUUAUGCUCAGUAUCUUGCCCUGUUGACCAUUGCGGAUGCGCUCAUGAUCACCAGCCAGCGUGAGGGCAUGAACCUCACAUCUCACGAAUAUCUCUUCUGCCAGGACGGAAAGCUUUUCCCUGAGAAGAAGCACGGCUCCCUGAUUCUGUCCGAGUUCACUGGUACUUCAUCCCUCUUCAACAAGAACGAGCUGGCCGUGAACCCCUGGGAUUACCGACAGUGCGCCGACGCUAUCAAGCAAGCUUUGGAGAUGAAGGAGCCCGAAAAGGAGAGACGAUGGAAAAACCUCUACGACCGCGUGGUGAACCACACUGGCUCUCACUGGUUCAGCGAGUUCCUUACUCGUCUGGAUGUGGUGUAUGAGGAGCAGCACAAGCGGGACCAGACCUCUGUCCCUCGCCUCUCCAUCCAGUCUUUGUCUACCAAAUAUCUCAAGGCACAGCGUCGACUUUUCAUCAUCGACUAUGAGGGUACCCUGGUGAGCUGGGGUCCUGUGAACCAGAUCAUUCCCGUCAGCCCUCAGCGAACCCUGGACGUGCUAAACGAUCUUCUUCUCGACGAGCGUAAUACCAUCUACGUCAUGUCGGGCCGCCGACCCGAAGAGCUGGAUAGAGUCUUCCGCCGAGUCCCCAACCUGGGAUUGAUUGCCGAGAAUGGAUGCUUCCUCAAGAGCCACGGAAAGGACAAAUGGACUGAGAUGGCCGAUCUCGAACACAUCAAGGACUGGAAGGAGUCGGUGCGACCCAUCAUGACAUACUACCUCGAGAGAACCCCUGGAGCCGAGAUUGAGGAGCGUCGCUGCAGUCUCAUCUUCCACUACAAGAGUGCUGAGGACUACGAGACGGCCUGUCGCCAGGCAUCAGACUGCGCCAGCCAUGUCAACGACGCUUGUGAGUCACAGCGUGUCCACGCCAUUGCUCUCGACGGUUGUAUUGCUGUUGAACCCAUCGACUGGACCAAGAGAACCGCCGCCAGGAAGGUGUUUGAAACCCUCAAGGAGGAGAUGAGCUCUAAUGAGGUUCACAAGACGCCUGUUGACUUCUUGAUGGUUGUUGGUGACGGUCGAGAGGACGAAAAGGUGUUCAAGUGGGCAAACAGGCUGCAAGAGGAUAAGGCUGUGCAGAAUGUCAUCACAGUCAGUCUCGGUAACCGCAACACCGAGGCAACCGCCACUCUUACGCAGGGCGUCAGUGGUGUUCUUACUUGUCUCCAGAGGCUGGCGGCUCUCGCCUGA